AUGGGGCAACUGAAGGGCUACAAGAUCCUGACCGUGGGGUUAAUCGUUCUGAUUUUGGUGUUCUAUCUCAUGAUGUCUUGGCCUGAGCCCAUGAACCGUUGGAUCCCACUACCCCAUCGUGCCUCUAAACAUGCCUCUGAGCCCAACAACUGGAACUCUCUCCCUCAAGAAUUCACCAACCUGACCAGCUUUCUGUACUGGCCUCCAACUGGUGGCGACAAGGAUGACUUUUUGGCUUCUACCAGUCCCCAAACCUCCACCUACCACUUGAAGGGUCCUGCUCAGGCCACCUAUACUCUGGGAAGUAAUCUAGAGGCCAUUCUUGUGGCUAGGGACCACAAGGGUAGGCCCAAGACUCAUGGUGGAGAUCUGUUUCGGGCACAGCUGUUGGGGCAGGAGUUGAAAGCAGGAGUCCCAGGGGAGGUGAAGGAUCUGGAGAAUGGCACAUACCUCUUGUCCUUCCCCCUGCUCUGGGCUGGACCGGCCCAGGUACAAGUGAGGCUGAUCCACUCCAGUGAGGCAGUCGGGGUCCUACAGAGGGUCUGGAAAGGAAAACGGGCCACCGUUGACUUUAGGGGGUAUUUUCAAGGCAGGAAUGGCACUCAGGAGGCUGUGAUCUGCAACGUGGACCCUCAGUCAACUGGAGCCCAAGGGCCCACCUGCCAGUACAGGGAUGUGGUCUCUGGGGAGCUCUGGUUCUGUGCUCAACCCUCUACUCUGCCCUGCGACGCUUUAGUCGGUCACUCCAGUGGAAGUUACCUGAAGGUGACCACACAGCAUGAUGAAGAACUGAUGGCUGGGAGUGUGACUGACCAGCCACUCCCUUCAGGCAUAUCUCCCAUCCUGGUGACACCAGCAGCCAUUGGGAACAUGAGGAAUAUGGCCUUGCCUUCUCGGCCCCCAUGCCGCCCUGGCCACCUGUCUCCAAAACCCUCUGGCUUCUACUACCAAGACAGAUGGCACUCAACGUUCUGUUCUAGCCGCUCUUUCCCCACUGUGAGCAGCAUCCUGAACUGCCUGGCUGGCCGCAUUGUCUACAUGAUGGGGGAUUCCACCCUUCGGCAGUGGUGGGAGUAUCUACGAGACACCGUGCCCUCUCUGAAGCCAGUUGAUCUACAUGUCCAAUACCAGGCAGGUCCCCUGAUGGCUGUGGACACAACUCGGGGGACAGUGUUGCACUGGAGGGCCCACAGCUGGCCCCUGCGCUCUCGUCGCACUCCAGUGGCCUCCUUGCACUCUGUGGCCAGAGUUCUGCAUGGCCUGGCCGGGGGUCCCUAUACAGUGGUGGUGCUUGGUAUGGGAGCCCACUUCACCACCUUCCCUCCAUCCAUCUUUGCUCGAAGACUGGCAGGGAUUCGGGAAGCUGUGAAAGCCCUGCUGGACAGGGAACCCAGUACUCUGGUGGUUAUCAAACUGGCCAAUACUGGCUACAAAUCCGUGUAUGGCAGUGACUGGCUCACAAUCCAGGUGAACAGGUUCCUCCGCGCUGCCUUUGAUGGUCUCCAAGUGGCCUUUGUGGAUGCAUGGGAAAUGACCUCCAGCUUGGCUGUACCGGACGACAUCCACCCAAAGAGGCUUAUUGUCCGCAAUGAAGUGGAAUUAUUCCUGUCCUUCAUCUGUCCCACCUGAGUGCUCCUGAGGGACCUGAGAAUGAAUGGAGGCAGAGCCUGGGUGGGGGCCAUCAAAAUGGUGGACAGCAAAUGAUGGGUAGCUGAGGCUACCCCUGGCUCACCCACUGUAACACUUGGGUCACCAUAUUUUAUACAUCUUUCUAUGGACCACACGGAUAAGUCUAAUUUUAUAUAAAUGAGAUGAUAUUUUACACAGUGUCUUCUACUUGAUGGGUUGUGGUUGUAUAUGGUGAACCCGGAUCUAGGCUGGCAGCCAGGAAGGGUCACUAAUCCUUUUGUGUCUAUCACCCACAGCCCUGGGCUUACAGCACAAGUUCUUAUCGGUUUUUUUAUGUGGUGUUGGGGCUUCAAACUCAGACCCUGAUAUUUGUGCCCUUAUCCACUGAACUAUCCCAAAUCAUACCUUCGCUUCCUUGUUCCAGCUUCCCGAGUGCUGUGAUUACAGCCACACAACCACCCUGUGUUUUAUGUUUAAUUAGGUUGAUAACAGAUUUUGCAGUCCAUGAGCAAGAAUGCAGAUCCCUUGCACCUUGCACCUAUAGCUUCUCCCAAUGAUAACAGCUUGCAGAACUGUGUGUAGUCAGCUAUCACA